UACCGACCACGGAAGAAGGCGCGGCUGGUCCCCAGCUGCGUGUCUGGGCGUGGAGAGGCGUGUACCCGCACGCCACCUCCAGGAGGUUGCCCGCUCUACGCGGCGCCUCGUCGCAAGCGACGCCCCGCCGUCAAACUCCUGUCCUCGACGCGUCUCCGGAUCACCGUCUCGACGCUCCCGAGAGCCGCGCAGGACGCUGCCGCGAAGAAAAAGCGAGGACUCAACGCGUGCCAGGACAUCGAAGUCACCAGCAAGAAAGGUUCUCCAAGCCCCAAAGGCCCCAAGAGACGGGCAAGUAACCCCACCGUUAAGGAGCACGGUAGCAGAAGGGGCAGGAAAAUCUCCCGGGGCGGCAAAGUAUCUCAGGGAAGAGUCUCUAAGGUCUCCAAGGCCCUUUCCAAAAGUUUCUUCACUCCACCUACGCCCCCGUCUCCAGCCUGUCUAUCGCCGGGGUCUCCUGAGUCCUCGGUGUUCUUCCUGGAUGAUGACACGGACGCCCACACGCCCACACCCACCGCGGGCUUCAGCGGGGCUCUUCUGAGCUGUUGUUCCGUGCUGGACACGCCCACGCCCUCGCCAGAACCCGUGGCUACCACGCCCACUAGAGCCAGUCAUGAUUCAUUGGGCGAUCUCUCCUACUUGGCAGAUAUACUUAGGAUGUCGCCCGAGUUUCCAGUGGAUCUGGACCUGACUCCUGAGCUGGACCUCGAGUCCUGCUCCUCCUCGACCACCACCUCAGCCUCGGGGUCGCACUUCGAGUUCUCCUGCACCCCGGAUGUAGCUGAUGCUCUCUGCGACGUUGGCCUGACCGUCUCGGAUUGGCUGGACCCGUCUCUCAACAGCCUGUGUUCUUAAAUCCACUGGAACAGCCAGCUGGAACAACUCUCAACUGAGAACAACUUGAACUGCUCUUCCUUAAUAGGACUGGAAAUACUCCGACUUUCGAAGUAACAUGUAAAGGUUUUCACUAGCGCGAUUUUGGAAUUGUAUUCGCCGGAUUUGGGAUCCUGGGAUUGUAUUCACUAGCGUCCGAGCCUGGAAUUUGGUUCACUGUAUUGCAAACCUUCGAGCACCUUACACUUGAGUAAAGACUUGGAACUAGAGUCAACUACUUCCUUGGCCUUGAAAGUCGAGGCUCUUCUCGGCACAAUGUCGUGUAAGAACGGUCCUUCACUUUGAGCAAAGAUGGGGUCGAUUUAGUAAAAAAAAUUUAAGAUAAAGAUAAUCAUACAUAUUUGUUGGAAGCUAUUUACUCAUAUCGUUAAGUCUCCAGGUAUUGACCGUGAGGGGAUGAGUUAUUACGUUACUCACGAGAGAUGAGUAAUUUGUCAACCUCAAGGUAACAAGCGAGUCUUACAAGAUGGUUGCCUCCUUGGCUCUCAACUCUCUACUGUUCAGAGUAGAGAGUUGAGUGGUAUUCCUUAUACCACAACGACCAACACGUUAGGACACACGAUUGAAGAUACAUUGUUAAUUGAUGAGUUCUCUUCCCCAGAUGAGGAUGAUUGAUGACUUCACACAUAACUCUUCUCGUGCUGUUAUGUCGGCAGGAAUGUUAAAUACAGGAGAUGGUGGGGAAGUAUGAAAGUUGUGAAGAGUUUUUGAUUUUGCUAUGUAAUUGUUUUUAGGAAACGGAGACGUGUGUGUGUGUGUGUGUGUGUGUGUGUGUGUGCGUGAGAGAGAGUGUGUGUGUGUGUGUGUGUGUGUGUGUGUGUAUGUGUGAGUGC